UUCAAAAAAAAAAAAAAAAAAAAAACUUGCUGAUUCUCUCUUGUUCUUGUAGAAUCUCUUAAGCUAUUUAGCGCCGGUGAAGCCAAAAUUCAAACCCUAAACCCUUUUGGUUCCUCGAUUCUUCUUGACGAUUUCAGUCUUAUUUCUACAUUUUGCUUUCUCGAUUUGAGAAUGUGCUGAUUUUAGAUUAGAGAAGUAAGCUUUAUAGAUCGGUGAAAAUGGAGGAAGGGGGAUAUGCGUUUGAGGUUAAUAAUGGAAAACCAACAGCGAGUGAGUUUGGUACGACGGCGAGGACUUCUUCACCGUCAUUGACUAUGUCAUCGUCUUUCCGUGAAGGAGGAAGUAAGGGUUUAACACGACGGAGGUCAAUGAAGCCGAGUUUUGACGCGGAUAAUGAGUUCAUUACUUUACUCCAUGGCUCAGAUCCGGUUAAAAUUGAGCUUAAUAGGCUUGAGAACGAUGUCAGAGAUAAAGAUCGGGAAUUAUCUGAAGCUCAAGCUGAGAUCAAGGCAUUGAGGUUGUCUGAACGACAACGAGAGAAGGCUGUUGAAGAGCUUACCGAAGAGUUGGGAAAGAUGUCGGAGAAGCUCAAACUGAGUGAAAACCUUCUUGACAGUAAAAACCUUGAAAUCAAGAAAAUUAACGAAGAGAAAAGGGCUUCCAUGGCAGCUCAAUUUGCCGCAGAAGCCACUCUGCGAAGAGUUCAUGCUGCUCAAAAGGAUGAUGAUAUGCCUCCUAUUGAAGCUAUUCUCGCCCCUUUAGAGGCUGAACUCAAGUUGGCGAGACAUGAAAUCAUUAAACUUCAAGACGACAACAGAGCAUUGGACCGCCUAACUAAAUCGAAGGAAGCAGCUUUGCUUGAUGCUGAAAGAACUGUUCAGUCUGCUCUUGCGAAGGCUUCAAUGGUUGAUGACCUCCAGAAUAAAAACCAAGAGUUAAUGAAACAGAUAGAAAUUUGUCAGGAAGAGAACAGAAUUUUGGACAAGUUGCACAGACAAAAGGUUGCAGAAGUUGAAAAGUUUACCCAGACUGUACGAGAGCUUGAAGAAGCUGUUCUUGCUGGUGGUACAGCUGCAAAUGCAGUGAGGGAUUACCAGAGGAAAUUCCAAGAAAUGAAUGAAGAGAGGCGAGUCCUUGACCGGGAACUGGCUCGUGCCAAAGUAAGUGCAAGCAGGGUUGCAACUGUAGUGGCAAAUGAGUGGAAAGAUGGUAGCGACAAAGUGAUGCCUGUGAAACAAUGGCUCGAAGAGCGAAGAUUUCUGCAGGGAGAAAUGCAACAACUACGUGACAAACUUGCCAUAGCUGAUCGAGCUGCAAAAUCUGAAGCUCAGCUGAAGGAGAAAUUUCAACUGCGGCUUAGAGUCUUAGAAGAGAGUUUAAGAGGGCCUUCAAGCAGUGGCAACCGAUCGACACCUGAGGGAAGAAGUAUUAGCAACGGGCCUUCUCGUAGACAAUCCCUUGGCGGAGCUGAUAUUAUUCCAAAAUUGACAGCAAAUGGAUUUUUCUCCAAGAGGACACCGAGUUCUCAGUUUAGAUCUUUGAAUGCUAGUACAAGUACAAUAUUGAAGCAUGCUAAAGGAACAUCCAGCUCGUUUGACGGAGGCAGCAGAUCUUUAGAUAGGAGUAAACUACUAACAAACGAACCCAGAUCGAAGUUUCCAUCGAACCAAUCUUCUGAAGAAACAAGCGGAGGCGAGUCACCUAAUUCAACAAAACAAGGAGAUUCAGUGAAAGCAGCAGCGACAAAUAAUGAUAGUGUCCCAGGAGUAUUACAUGAUUUGCUUCAAAAGGAGGUGAUAACUUUAAGGAAAGCUGCUAAUGAUAAAGAUCAAAGCCUUAGAGAUAAAGACGAAGCUAUUGAGAUGUUGGCCAAGAAGGUUGAAACACUAACAAAGGCGAUGGAGGUGGAAGCAAAGAAGAUGCGAAGAGAAGUAGCAGCAAUGGAGAAAGAGGUUUCAGCUAUGCGUGUGGAUAAUAAAGGAUCAGAUAGUAGAACGAGACGUCCCUCUACUAACUCAAAAGGAGCUUCAACAACUGCACAGUUGCUUUCUGGAAGCAGAGGCUCAGGACGAAUGGGGAUGACGAGGAGCACGCAAUGAUCAAAGAAGUCGAUUCCACGAGCAAAAUAUGAAUCUCAAUCAGUGGUUAAUAGAUUGAAGGAAUGACAAAAAGCAUACAAAUGUAGAAAUCCAAUAUGGGAGGUUUGUGUGCUUCUUCUCUAACAUAGUAAGAUUUCAAGGUAAAAAAGAGAGAGAAAAACUGAUUUUUAAUUUCUUGGCUGAUAUGUUUAUUGUUUUCCUUAUAUAUAUAGAAAAGAGUUAGGUUUGUGUUUUUACUACCAAUUUGAGCUUAGUGUGUGAUUUAUUUUAUCUCUCUAUCUUAGCUUUGUCCAAUUUUCUUGUAACAUUUACACAUAAAUCUGAUAUUCAAAAAACUUAACUC